AAGUAAAGCUACCAAAAGAAAAAGAAAAAUAUAAUCAUAACAACAUAACAAACCUCCGGCUAAAAUUCCCCACAUUCCCUCACUUUUCUCUCCCACAUACUCAAACUAACCGACUCCUCUUGCACCUAUCACACAAUCUCUGUCAUCAGAACACAAACAAACUCUACAUAUACAUCGAACAGGCCUCCACAAUCUUUUCAUUCGCAUGUUCAGACAUGAAACUAACUCUGUCUUCUCUUUCUGUUCUUGCUUUCUUGGUUUUCUUACAUGCUUCACCUUUUGCAUCUGCAAUAACUCAUGAUGACAGUAAUAUUUUCGAGUCUUCAACUCUGCAGACACAAGCGGAGAAGUUGAUCAGGGGAUUCAAUCUGUCUCCGGAACAUAAAAUCAACAUUGAGCCUAGAGGGUCUUCUUUUAGUACUUCUCCACGGCUCGUGGAGAAGAAGUUUAAGUUUGCUGCAGGGGGUGAUUCUGGGGCCUCUGUCGAAGACUUGGGUCACCAUGCUGGCUAUUAUCGACUUCCACAUUCGAAUGAUGGAAGGAUGUUCUACUUUUUCUUUGAAUCGCGGCAAAGCAAGGCGGACCCUGUUGUUAUAUGGCUAACUGGAGGACCAGGUUGUAGUAGUGAACUGGCGAUGUUCUACGAAAAUGGUCCUUUCCAUGUAGCAAACAACUUGUCCCUUACCUGGAAUGACUUUGGUUGGGACAAGGUUUCAAAUUUGAUAUAUGUCGACCAACCAAUUGGAACUGGUUUUAGUUAUAGCUCCGAUGAUGAUGAUAUUCGUCACAGUGAGGAGGGUGUGAGCAAUGAUCUAUACGACUUCUUACAGGAAUUUUUCAAGGCGCAUCCACAAUACGUAAAGAAUGAUUUUUACAUAACUGGAGAAUCAUAUGCUGGACACUAUAUUCCUGCUUUUGCUGCAAGAGUUCAUCAAGGAAACAAAAGGAAGGAAGGGAUUCCUAUUAACUUCAAGGGAUUUGCUAUUGGCAAUGGACUUACUGAUCCGGAGAUCCAGUACAAAGCAUAUACUGACUAUGCUUUAGACAACAAAUUGAUUAAGAAAUCGGAUUACAAUGAAAUUAACAAGUUGAUUCCGUCAUGUGAACGUGCAAUCAAACUUUGUGGUCCUGCUGAUGAAAGAUCUUGUUUGACGGCAUAUAGAAUCUGCAACAACAUAUUCAAUGAUAUCAUGUCACUUGUCGGAAAUAAAAAUUACUAUGAUAUACGAAAGGAAUGUGAGGGUGACCUGUGCUACGACUUCUCAAACAUGGAAAAGUUCUUAAAACAAAAAUCAGUCAGGGACGCGCUUGGUGUUGGAGACAUUGAAUUUGUCUCAUGUAGUUCUGCAGUGUAUGAUGCUAUGAUUACUGACUGGAUGAGAAAUCUUGAAGUUGGUAUUCCAGCACUUCUGGAAGACGGAAUCAAGAUGCUAGUAUAUGCUGGAGAAUACGACCUCAUUUGCAACUGGCUUGGAAACUCAAAAUGGGUUCAUGCAAUGAAAUGGUCCGGUCAGAAAGACUUCGUCUCAGCUUCAACUAUUCCCUUCUUGGUCGACGGUGCAGAGGCAGGACAGAUGAAAAGCCAUGGCCCUUUAACUUUUAUGAAGGUACAUAAUGCUGGUCAUAUGGUUCCGAUGGAUCAGCCAAAAGCUUCUAUAGAGAUGUUAACAAAGUGGACACAAGGCAAGCUUGUGAAGACAGAGCAACAAAGUAGGCCUGUUCUUAUGUAAAAUCCUCAAAAUACAAGGAAACUUUGUUCCAAAUACAUUUCAUUGUUGUGUUAUAGUUAUGGUGAACAUGGUUAUCUGUCAGUACCUGUAAACAGGAUUGUAGCAUUCUUUUGUAACAAGUGCUGGGAAAUCAGUUCUAAAGAAAAUAUGUACUCUAUUUGAUAGUGUGAUUGUAAGCCAUUGCUAGAAAUGAAGUUGAAAUAAUGUUUUUUUCUUUUUA